UAAAGAGCUAAUGCAAGACGUCACUGAGGAAGCAGGCACGCCCAUUCAGAAACAGAGAGAGAGAGAGGGGGGAGAGAGAGAGAAAGAGAGAGAGAGAGAGUAUUUACGCUGCUUUCACUCUUGGACACAGAACACUAUACCUGUCACGUCCUGAACUGCGGAGGAACAAACAAAACGCAACAAGACUCCUCUAAAAGUUUUAUUUUUGUCUGGUUGGACGCGUUUUCUUUGGCGCCAGAGCAUCCUUCAGUCGUGAAGUUGACGGAAAGGCGUUUUACAACCUCUGCUGUGCUCCCUCUUGAGUGCCCCCGCCUUCUCCCUCCCCACCCUUUGACUCCACCUCUUCCGCCAUGUCCUCUCAGGCCACACCCAUCCAUGGGGCACGACCAAUGACCCCUCCGCUGACCUCUGCGGGAUCCCCAGCUCCUGCCGUUUCCCCACUGACAACAGAUUCUCUGCGGCCUCCAGCCUACAGACACAGAGACCGCUCACCCUCCCCCAUGAGAGGCUACCUCAUCCCCAGCCCUCUGCCCACACGCAGAAACAGGACCUGCUCAGCGACUGCUCGUGCAUCAGAGGGUCCAGUGUUUAGUGGUGUGUGUAAAUAUUUUUCCCGCUCCAAAGGCCAUGGCUUCAUCACGCCAUCCGACGGGAGCCACGACAUCUUUGUCCACAUCUCAGACAUUGAGGGCGAGUACGUGCCAGUGGAAGGCGACGAGGUGAGCUACAAGGUGUGCUCCAUCCCUCCCAAACACGAGAAGAUCCAGGCAGUGGAGGUGACCAUAACCCAUCUCAACCCAGGAACCAAACACGAGACCUGGACAGGACACGUCAUCAGCAGCUGAAUGCUGAGUCUCGCAAGGGGGUCAAUGAGGACGGCGGGUGGGGAGAUAGAAGAAAUGGGGAGGGAUGGAAGGGCCAAGAGGAGGGAGUGGAAAAUAGGGAUUAUUACCAGGUUUAACACUCUGAGGCAACAGGGAUACAUGGUGAAGAGACACGGCUGAUGUAAAAGUGUAAAUCAGAAGGGAGCUGAAAAUCUUAACAAUCUCAUAGUUUACUUAUGUUGAAAGGUUGGAGGCUUCCUCUGCCCUUCCCGGGAAAUGGGCGACUAUAUUUUGGAAAAACAUACAGUUGCUUUGACUUGUAUAUGAAUAGAUUUAUGAUUAAACUGGAAGAGAUGUUUAUCAUAGACAGACUUAUAAGUUUAGGUUUCUUUGCUUAGAUUUGUAGACACCCUGUGUUGACAUUUUGAUUUGCUUCAUCUGAUGAGGUAAUUCAUUUCAGUUGCAAUAAUUUGCAUUUGGAGGAGUUUUGUAUUACGAUAAAUAUGUUCAGUUCAACUUUGCAGCAUUUGAGAUUAACCUACUGUGGUCACAGCAGAACUAAUGUAGGGAGUGAAUGUGAAGAACACAUGCAGGAUGGGAAAGUUCUGCCAAUGCUGCCCCCACAUUACAAGCACAUUGUCCAGCACCAUGGGAUUAUUUUUUAGGUAUACACAGGGGUUAAAGUUGUUAGGCACCAGGCCUGAUUUCAGGCAGAGAGCAGGUUUAAAUUCAUAUAAUACUUAAUUUAAUACAUUGUACACAUUUCCUCCUGGACAACUUUUCAGGCUCAUCUUUUCUUGCUUUAAUCCCUGUAUACAGUGUGUGCCUACUUUUAUCCAGAGAGCUUACAUCUCUGUUUGUGCCUACUUAUUCCAUCUAUCAUCUGUAUUUGAUCAUGUUUGGGUGACAAUAUGAGUGAAUUAAAGCAUUUUCAUCUGCUA